GCCGGAGUCGAGUGACGAGGGAGCCGCCGCAGCGUGUGUUUGUGAAGAGCUGUUGUGAGUUAAAAUCCUAAUCCACAAUGUGCGAUGACGACGCAACUGCAUUGGUUGUGGACAAUGGCUCCGGCAUGGUCAAGGCCGGCUUCGCCGGUGACGACGCUCCCCGCGCCGUCUUCCCCUCCAUCGUCGGCCGUCCUCGUCACCAGGGUGUGAUGGUCGGUAUGGGUCAGAAGGACGCCUACGUCGGUGAUGAGGCCCAGAGCAAGAGAGGUAUCCUGACUCUCAAGUACCCCAUCGAGCACGGCAUCAUCACCAACUGGGACGACAUGGAGAAGAUCUGGCAUCACUCCUUCUACAACGAGCUGCGUGUUGCCCCUGAGGAGUCCCCAGUCCUCCUGACGGAGGCUCCCCUCAACCCCAAGGCCAACCGUGAGAAGAUGACACAGAUCAUGUUCGAGACCUUCAGUACUCCUGCCAUGUACGUGGCCAUCCAGGCCGUGCUGUCCCUGUACGCCUCUGGUCGUACCACGGGUAUCGUGCUGGACUCCGGUGAUGGAGUGACUCACACUGUCCCCAUCUACGAGGGUUAUGCUCUGCCCCACGCUAUCCUUCGUCUUGAUCUGGCUGGUCGGGAUCUCACUAAUUACCUCAUGAAGAUUUUGACUGAGCGUGGCUACUCCUUCACCACCACCGCCGAGCGUGAGAUUGUCCGUGACAUCAAAGAGAAGUUGUGCUAUGUUGCUCUUGAUUUUGAGAAUGAAAUGGCUCAGGCAGCAGCGACAGCUUCCCUAGAGAAGUCCUACGAGCUUCCCGACGGUCAGGUCAUCACCAUCGGCAACGAACGUUUCCGUGCUCCUGAAGCUCUCUUCCAGCCUUCCUUCCUGGGUAUGGAAUCUGUUGGUGUCCACGAGACCGUCCACAACUCCAUCAUGAGGUGCGACAUUGACAUCAGGAAGGACCUGUUCGCCAACACUGUCAUGUCUGGUGGUACCACCAUGUACCCUGGUAUUGCUGACCGCAUGCAGAAGGAAAUCACCAACUUGGCUCCCUCCACCAUCAAGAUCAAGAUCAUUGCUCCUCCCGAGCGUAAGUACUCCGUCUGGAUCGGUGGCUCCAUCCUGGCCUCUCUGUCCACCUUCCAGUCUAUGUGGAUCACCAAGGAGGAGUACGACGAGUCCGGACCAGGCAUCGUCCACCGCAAGUGCUUCUAAAUGAUAUUUAUUUGGUCAUAUACUAAAACACAUACAUAAAUUAUUUCAAUAUAAUAGAUAACAUUGCUAAUUAUUAUCUACCAGUGUUUCACUGACUGCGAAUAUCGAACAUAUAUGCUUAUUUUUGUUUACUAAUAAAAUAAAAUUGUGAUUAGACUAAAGUGUUUAUCAUAGCACAUGUUAAAUCUCCACCUACCACGAUCAUCGUCGGUGUUUAAGUAUGAGACACACAACGCCGUCUGCCACAUCAUUAAAUGUUAAGUUACUGGUAUCUGAUGUGCAUCUUUUAUCUAUAAAAGACAUUUGUAAAUCCAUAUAUUUAUUUAUUGUUUUUUUAUGCACUUAAUGUCUAAAAUAUUAAAUAUUUAAAAUGCAAAUACAAAUGAUAAAUGCC